GCGGCCCUGGGCACCCAGAAAGUCCCAGCUUAGCCCUGUGCUCCCUAUCAGCUCUGCGCGGCGAAGCAGGCAGGGGAGAGUUACAGGGGGUGAUGCUUGUUUCACGUCCUUAGGAUUCUUUGAUGCCAAUAAGUUUUGUUAAAUGACAGUGGGACAAGGUGAGGGAGGGAAUAGCUGCUGUUGGACCAACAUCUGCUGGUGAGGGAGACAAGCUUUUGAGCCACACAGAGCUCUUCCCCAGGCCUGGGAAAAGAACUCCCAGAUCACAGCAAAAUGCCAGGUGGAGCAGAGUGUUGAGCGUAAGGAGUUAGCACAUAUGGAAAAAACCAAAGUGGUAGAACCCCUGGACUACGAGAAUGUGGUCCUGCAAAGGAAAGCCCAGAUCUACAGUGAUCCUCUCCGCGAUCUGCUCAUGUUUCCGAUGGAGGAUGUGUCUAUCUCGGUGAUAGGUCGCCAGCAGAGGACUGUCCAGUCUACGGUGCCAGAAGACGCUCACGGGAAGGCUCAGAGUCUCUUUGUCAAAGAGUGUAUUAAAACGUACCACUCGGACUGGCACGUGGUGAACUAUAAAUAUGAAGAGUUCUCGGGUGACUUCCGGAUGUUACCGUGCAAAUCCUUUAGACCGGAGAAGAUUCCAAACCAUAUAUUUGAGAUUGAUGAAGACGUUGAGAAGGAUGAGGACUCCCCCUCAUUGUGCUCUCAGAAAGGUGGAAUCAUCAAACAAGGCUGGCUGUACAAAGCAAAUGUCAAUAGUACAAUCACUGUUACCAUGAAGGUAUUCAAGAGAAGGUAUUUUUACCUCACACAACUGCCGGAUGGUUCCUAUAUUCUGAAUUCCUAUAAAGAUGAGAAAAUUUCAAAAGAAUCCAAAGGCUGCAUCUUCUUGGACGCUUGCAUUGAUGUUGUUCAGUGCCCCAAGAUGCGCCGAUAUGCAUUUGAACUCAAGAUGCUAGAUAAGUACAGCCACUAUCUGGCAGCCGAAAGUGAACAGGAAAUGGAGGAGUGGCUGGUGACUCUGAAAAAGAUUAUUCAGAUCAAUACGGAGAGUUUGGUGCAAGAGAGGAAAGACACCGUGGAGUCUGCACAAGAUGAUGACUCGAGCAGCCAAGGGAAAUCGGAAAACAUCCUGGAGAGCUUGGAGAGAAGCAUGCAUCCUGAGCUGAUGAAGUAUGGAAGAGAAACUGAACAGCUGAAUAAACUAAGCAGAAAUGAUGGACGACAAAAUCUCUUUUCCUUUGACGCAGAAGUCCAGAGGCUGCACUUCUCUGGAAUUGAGCCAGACGUAAAGCCCUUUGAGGAAAAGUGCAGCAGGCGCUUUUUGGUGAACUGUCAUGAUUUAACCUUCAACCUCCAGACUCACGUUGGUGACCGAGCCGAGGGCUCCCCCACAAACGUUGAGCCUUUUUUCAUCAGCCUGGCAUUAUUUGACGUAAAACACAAUUGCAAGAUUUCAGCUGACUUCCACGUGGACUUGAAUCCUCCUUCGGUACGUGAAAUGCUGCUCGGAAGCUCCACUCAGGCAGCUGGUGACAGUCACCCCAAGGGGACUCCGACCAAUGAGCACCUCAUUCAUGGAAUUGCUGAAUCUCACCUGCGCUACAUAAAGCAGGGAGUUUUCUCUGUGGCAAACCCCCACGUGGAGAUCUUUCUUGUCGCCCGUGUGGAGAAAGUGUUGCAAGGCAGCAUCACACACUGUGUGGACCCGUACAUCAAGAACUCUGACCCGGGGAAGGUACUGGAUAAGACUGCCCAGAAGGUUCAUAAGUUGGCUAAGCAGGUGUGUAGUCGGCUCGGGCAGUACAGGAUGCCCUUUGCUUGGGCUGCCAGGCCAGUUUUCAAAGACUCUCAAGGUACUCUGGAUCUCGAUGGGAAAUUCUCUCCUCUCUAUAAACAAGAUAGUGGCAAACUCUCUAGUGAGGAUCUGCUGAAGCUGCUAGCAGAGUUUAGGAAGCCAGAGAAGACAAAACUCCAGGUUAUCCCAGGCCACUUAAAUAUCACCAUUGAGUGCAUCCCUCUGGAAUUAUCAAAUUGUGUUACUGCCUCUUACAUCCCUAUAAAGCCUUUUGAAAAGGGCCAUGAGAACAUCACCAUUGAGGUGGAGGAGUUUGUCCCAGAAGUGGCGAAAUACCAUUAUCCCUUCACCAUUUAUAAAAAUCAUCUUUACGUGUACCCCUUGCAUUUAAAAUACGACAGCCAGAAAACAUUUGCAAAGGCAAGGAAUAUUGUGGUCUGCAUGGAAUUCAAGGACUCAGAUGAAGCUGAUGCCCAAGCUUUGAAGUGUAUCUAUGGCAAACCCGGAGGACCCCUCCUGACAGCAAAUGCCUGUGCCAUCGUGUUGCAUCAUAACCAGAGUCCAGAGUUCUAUGAUGAGAUUAAAAUUGAGCUUCCAAUUCAUCUCCAUCAAAAGCAUCAUUUGCUUUUCACCUUCUAUCAUGUCAGCUGUGAAAUUAACACCAAGGCAUCAGUGAAAAAACAGGACUCCAUUGAAACUCCAGUGGGAUUUGCCUGGCUCCCUUUGCUGAAGGAUGGUCGAAUUAUCACCUUUGAGCAGCAUUUACCCGUUUCAGCCAAUCUUCCGCCUGGCUACCUGAGCCCUGGGGACACGGAGUCGCGCAGGCAGCAGAGCAUUGAUAUUAAAUGGGUCGAUGGAGCAAAGCCACUGUUGAAGAUCAAAAUCCACUUGGAGUCAACCAUUUACACCCAGGACUUGCACCUGCACAAAUUCUUCCAGUACUGCCAGUUGGUCCAGGCAGGAGCUAAAGAAGUUCCAGGAGAGCUUGUUAAAUAUCUAAAGUGUUUGCAUGCCAUGGAGAGCCAAGUGAUGAUACAGUUUCUACCGGUAAUUCUUAUGCAACUGUUCAGAGUCCUCACAAAUGUGAGCCAGGAGGAUGAAGUAGCUGUCAACUGCACCAUGGUUCUUCUCCACAUCGUGUCCAAGUGCCAUGAGGAAGGACUAGAUCAUUACUUACGGUCCUUCAUAAAGUAUGGUUUCCGUGCAGAGAAACCCAGCACCUCGCAGGCAAAGACGACCCAUGAAAUCCUGGCCACUGCAAUGGCCACAGUGCUGAAGCAGUCAGCAGAUUUCCUAGCCAUCAAUAAGCUGCUCAAGUACUCCUGGUUUUUCUUUGAAGCACUGGCAAAGUCGAUGGCAAUGUACCUGUUAGAGGAAAACAAAAUCAAGCUUCCCAGAGCCCAGCGGUUUCCUGACUCCUACCAUCAUGUUUUACAUUCACUGCUUCUUGCCAUAAUUCCCCAUGUGACUAUUCGCUACAGUGAAAUCCCCGAGGAGUCAAGGAAUGUCAACUUUAGCUUGGCCAACUUCCUGAAGCGCUGCUUGACAUUUAUGGACAGAGGGUUUAUUUUUAAUUUGAUAAAUGACUACGUUUCUGGAUUCAGCCGCAAAGACCCUAAGAUACUGGUUGAAUUCAAGUUUGAAUUUCUGCAAACAAUUUGCAAUCAUGAGCAUUACAUUCCUUUAAAUUUACCGAUGACCUUUGCCAAACCGAGACUUCAGAGAGUUCAAGAUUUUUUUUCAUUUGCUGUGGAACGGUUCACUUCAGUAGAUGUAAAUCUUGAAUACAAUUUAACCGAUGAGUAUUGCAGGCACCACUUCUUGGUGGGGAUGCUACUAAGGGAAACAGCUCUUGCUCUGCAGGACAAUUAUGAUAUCAGAUUUACAGCCAUCACUGUGUUAAAGAAUCUGUUAAUAAAGCAUGCAUUUGACAAUAGAUAUCAACACAAGAACCAGCAGGCGAAAAUAGCCCAGCUGUAUCUGCCACUGGUUGCGCUGCUCUUAGAGAAUAUCCAGCGAGUGGCUGGCCGGGACACCCUAUACUCCUGCACGGCCAUGUCUAAUUCUGCAUCGAGAGAUGAGUUUUUAUGUAAUUUUACAUCCCCUUCAAACAGAUCAAGUCUGAUUGUGGAGAAAGAUACAGGCUGUGGUACAGCACUUCCGAACGGCCACAGUAUGAAAAGAGAGGACUCGAAAGGAUCUCUGAGUUCAGAAGGGGCAACGGGUUCUCCUGAUCAGUACAACACCGGGGAAAAUAGCCGGAGAAGUUCCACGAGGAGUAACGUGUCCCAUCACAGUAGGCUGGACCAGUAUGAGAUCAGGAGUCUCCUAAUGUGCUACCUCUACGUCAUUAAAAUGGUCUCUGAAGAUACACUUCUCACCUAUUGGAACAAAAUAUCCCCCCCUGAGCUGAUAAAUGUCCUCGUACUUCUGGAAGUCUGUUUGUUCCACUUCAGAUACACGGGGAAGAGAAAUAUAGCCAGGGUUCACGAUGCCUGGCUAACAAAGCAUGUCGGAGUUGACAGGAAAUCGCAGACAAUGCCUGCUCUUCGCAGCAGAUCUGGCGUGAUGCAGGCCCGGUUGCAGCACUUGAGCAGCUUGGAAAGUUCAUUUACGCUCAAUCACAAUGCUGGCACCUCCGAAGCAGACAUUGUGCACCAGGCCUUACUGGAAGGCAAUACAGCCACAGAAGUUUCCUUAACGGUCCUGGAUACCAUUUCUUUCUUCACCCAGUGUUUCAGGAACCAACUCUUAAACAAUGACGGCCAUAAUCCACUCAUGAAAAAGGUUUUUGAUAUUCAUCUUGCCUUUCUCAAAAACGGGCAGUCAGAAGCAACUCUGAAACAUGUCUUCGCUUCCCUGAGAGCUUUCAUUAGCAAGUUUCCCUCAGCAUUUUUCAAAGGAAGGGUGACCAUGUGUGCAGCCUUGUGCUAUGAGGUCCUGAAAUGCUGCACCUCGAAGCUAGCCUCCACCAGGAAUGAAGCUUCAGCACUCCUGUAUCUUUUGAUGAGGAACAACUUUGAGUUCACUAAAAGGAAAACCUUUCUGAGAACACACCUGCAGAUAAUAAUUGCAGUGAGCCAGUUAAUAGCAGAUGUGGCACUAAAUGGAGGAUCGAGGUUCCAGGAGUCACUGUUCAUUAUUAAUAACUUUGCAAACAGUGACAGGCCCAUGAAGGCAACUGCUUUCCCCUCAGAAGUCAAGGAUUUGACCAAGAGAAUCCGUACCGUGCUUAUGGCUACUGCUCAAAUGAAAGAACACGAAAAGGACCCUGAAAUGUUGAUCGAUUUACAGUACAGCUUAGCCAAGUCCUAUGCUAGUACCCCAGAGCUCAGGAAAACAUGGCUGGACAGCAUGGCAAAGAUCCAUGUCAAAAAUGGAGACUUUUCUGAGGCUGCCAUGUGUUAUGUCCAUGUAGCAGCCCUUGUUGCAGAGUUUCUUCAUAGAAAAAAAUUGUUCCCUAAUGGAUGUUCAGCCUUCAGGAAAAUUACGUCCAAUAUUGAUGAAGAGGGAGCCAUGAAAGAAGAUGCUGGGAUGAUGGAUGUUCACUACAGCGAGGAAGUCCUAGUGGAGCUGUUGGAACAAUGCAUAGAUGGCCUGUGGAAGGCAGAACGUUACGAAACGAUUUCAGAGGUUUCCAAACUGAUCAUUCCAAUUUACGAAAAGCGCCGUGAGUUUGAGAAACUUACUCAGUUAUACAGAACACUUCAUGGUGCUUACACUAAAAUAUUGGAGGUGAUGCACACAAGAAAAAGACUUCUAGGAACCUUUUUCCGAGUGGCCUUUUAUGGACAAACUUUCUUUGAAGAAGAGGAUGGCAAGGAAUACAUUUACAAGGAGCCCAAGCUGACGGGCCUGUCGGAGAUCUCCCUGAGACUUCUUAAACUUUAUGGAGAAAAAUUCGGAGCAGAGAAUGUAAAAAUUAUCCAGGAUUCAAACAAGGUCAGUGUCAAAGAUCUUGAUCCCAAAUAUGCUCAUAUUCAAGUGACUUAUGUGAAGCCCUACUUUGAAGACAAAGAGCUCUCUGAAAGAAAGACUGAGUUUGAAAGAAAUCACAACAUUCGCAGAUUUGUGUUUGAAUCUCCUUAUACCUUAUCUGGGAAAAAACAUGGUUCUGUGGAAGAGCAGUGCAAAAGACGGACCAUUCUAACUACUUCAAACUCGUUUCCGUAUGUGAAGAAGAGAAUUCCAGUAAAUAACGAACAACAGGUUAAUCUCAAGCCAAUUGAUGUUGCUACUGAUGAGAUAAAAGACAAGACAGCAGAGCUGCAAAAACUCUGCUCUUCCAAUGAGGUGGAUAUGAUCCAGCUGCAGCUCAAGUUGCAGGGUUGUGUUUCCGUACAGGUUAAUGCUGGUCCACUGGCCUAUGCUAGAGCUUUCCUGAAUGACAAUCAGUCCAGCAAAUAUCCCGCUAAGAAGGUGACUGAGUUAAAAGAAAUGUUCAGGAAUUUUAUACAGGCCUGUGGACUUGCUCUGGAACUCAAUGAGCAGCUCAUUAAGGAGGACCAAGUAGAGUACCAUGAAGGACUAAAAUCAAACUUCAGAGACAUGGUGAAAGAGCUUUCCGACAUCAUCCAUGAACAGAUGUACCAAGAAGAUACUAUGCAUUCUCCCUGGAUGCACGACUCCUUACACGUUUUUUGCGCAAUCAGCGGAACAUCUGGUGGUGGAGGUUAUGGUUCGCUUAGAUCCACUGCCGAAAUAUAAGGAGAUUUACAAGUAAAAAUGACACUUUACAGAUAUGUCUCAGGAAUACUUGGAGCUGUGCAAAGGAUGUUAAAAUUCAAAUGAGUGACUAGUACACAUUCAGUAUUUUUUUCCCAAAAAAUUAACAUGCUUUCUAACAGGGUUCUCGCUUAUUUUGCUGAUCAAUUUUGAAAGUGCCCGGACAAUUGCACCACUGUGCUUGUUUUGUACUUUUUUAGUUAAAUAUAUACAGUACACUGAAAGGCAUUUAUCAAAGUAUGUAUUGAAUUGCGUAAGUUUGAGUUGAAAUUGUAAUAGUAGUCUGUAAAGUUGUAAAAUGGAAUAUAAUAAAGUGUAAAACUGCUUUGUAAGUAGAAAGUGGAGUACAGUGUAUAGAAAUUACCCCUGUGCAAUAUUUGCUGCUAAAUUCCCAGUCUCUCAUGGGCAUGGGGUAUGCUGGUCGGUGUGGAAGUCAACCUUCCCUCAGAGCACUUAUGAGCAGGAGUGGCCCUAACUGUUUUGCCAGCCGUGGUGGAAAACGUUUUCACUGCCUCAUCCUGCAGCAGUCAAGCCUGAAAUGUAUUUUUAAAAGGCUGAGUGGUGCAGUGGGUACAGCACUUCCUAGAAGCUGUCACCCAGGGCCACAGCCCUGCUCGCCCAGCCUUAGAACCGUCCCUGCUCACUAGAGAUCUGGCCUCCUAGAAAGCGAUUUAGGCUGUAUAUGCUACCUAUGCACCAAGAGGCAUUACUAUACAAUAGGUAGACUUAUGUAGUUUGAAUCCUGCAUAUAUCACAAUUAACACCUAAUGCAGACACCACAUAGUCCACAAAUAGACACUCUUGUCAGGUGACUCUAAAGGAAUCCUUGUUGAGCCUCUACGGGACUUAAUUUCCGCUGGCUUUUGCCUCUCUUACACUGUCUGAUUGAGGAACGGUCAUUAUGACUAAGCAAGAUCUCUGAUAAUAUAAUCCUUUGUUUAUAUACUCUUCCUCUUCAUCAUUCAUGGGCUAGAAGCUGAAUAAACCUUGAAA